ACAUGGUCCUUAAAGAAUAGUUAAAUGCGCAAAGUUGUUGAUUCUAUUGCAUUUUGUGCGACCAAUCUAAUAAGAUGGAAGCAGGGGUGUUAUGUAAUUAGUAAAAAAAAUACUGAAAGCUUCAAGUGUUGUUGCAUUGGAUUCAAUUUAUUUUGCUGAACAUGUCUGGUGUGAAUUGAAACUAAAAGGGAAAGACAAUAUUUUAAUUGGAAUGAUUUACAGGAGUCCCAACUCUGAUUGUGCCAACAACUUAAGACUGUUUGAAUUAAUCAACAAAGUCUGUAAAUUAAAAUAUUCACAUCAUGUAAUUAUGGAAUAUUUUAAUUUCAAAGACAUUAAUUGGACAACUCUAGAGUGUAACUAUGCCAUUAACUCAGAUGGUCAUCAAUUUUUUGAUACAGUAUUGGAUUGUUUUCUGCAUCAGCAUGUAAAGGAAUGUACCGGUUUUAGAGAGGGUCAUAAUCCCAGCUGUCUGGAUCUUUUAUUCACUACCGAUGAAUCUACAGUACUGGAUAACUUAGUUGUUGUGACAUAGCCCAUUGGUAAAAGUGAUCAUUUGGUUGUGUGCUGCAAACUGUGUUUAUUUACGCAUGAUCUAUCAGAACACCAAGAAAGGCGUCAAUAUUUCGACUAUGAAAGUAUAAGGGCUGAUCUGUCCUCUGUGGACUGGGGCUCAAUAUUUACUAACAGCGAUACAAACAGUGCAUGGACAUUAUUUAAAACUACUAUUGAAGAGGAAACAUGAACAACCAUUUUAAGAGGAAGGCAAGUGGGACGGAACCUGUCUCCAAGAAACACAAAACUGUUGAUGAGGAGGAUGUUUUAGCAUUUGCUCCAAGGGAGGUGAGCAUACUGCAGUAUGCUGAAAGCCACGCCCAGGAGAUUCAUCAGCUGACCAACAAGCUCAAGUUCCGUCCAUGUGGCGCCCAGAUCUCUCAGAAGCUCCCAAAACACAUGCAGCGUCGCGCCAUGGGGCAUGACGUAAAGAGGCUGCCACGCAGUGUCAGGGCACAGUUCACAAACAAGCCAGGUGUAGUGAAAAAGCGUCCAAGCCGAAAAUACAGACGGCGACCUAAGAAUCUAUUGGCGGAGUACACACGCAGACAGAGGCAGCAUGUCUGGCUCGAGACGCACAUCUGGCAUGCAAAGAGGUUCCACAUGACUGAGAAAUGGGGUCACAAGAUUCCCUGGAAGCCCACACUGCGAGGGGAGAGGGCCUCUUAUAGAGCCUCCACAAGGCACUGUCUGAUACAGGACAUUUCUUAUGAAGUUUGCUUGGAGUUGCGUGGAAGACAGGAAUUGCUGAUAGAGGGUUUAAGUCACAUGACCAAUAGGGAGACAGGCCAGACAUUUGCAGCUAUCUCAUGUCUACAAGGUACAAGGGAAGGCCAGACAGUGUUGUAUCACUAUGACAGCUACCCCUGGGAUGCCAUUGGUCCAGUCAGCUUCAUGUGGAAACCCUCUGAGCCAAUCAGAGAGAAGUAUGCAAAUGAGGCAACUUCUGAGCCAAGGGCUGCCGGGGAUGGAAGUAGGCCAGCCAAUCAGAGACAGUUAUGGAUUUGGUGCCAUCCUGCAUGUUUUGAUGAAGUGUGGUCUGAAAUUUUGAAAUGCUUUCAGCUAGUUGAAAGAGGAUCAUUAGAUAAAACAUCAGUAGAAAAUACACAUGUUAAUGCUGAGAACAAUAAAACUGAUGAAAGCAAAAAAGACCAAAUUGUUGAAGCAAGUGAAGUUACAGGGAAUGUAAGCUCUGCUAUAAAAGACAAAUUCAACACUGAUAUCAUUGCUAUAAACGACAAAAGUAAUGUACAAUUGCUAUCAUUGCAUGGGUCCAUCUUAAAAUUUCGUAUGACAGGCCCAGAAUCAGUGGCGGUUCUUAAAGAAACACUGCAGCCAAUAAAUGUACCUCAAGACUCUGAGAAAUCUACAAAAUGGUGGGCCAGUUAUUAUCAGGACAGAACCAACAUGACAAACUACAAGGCACAGUGUGAUUUCCUGGAGACUCUCAGUCAGUGCACAUCGCCGUCAGAGUUGCCCCCUCACUCCAUUGUUGCCAUGACCACCAGGGACCCUCGAAUGACAAGACCAGAAAGGCGCACUAAAGUGGUAACCAGUGAAACCAAUAUUAAUUCCAACCAAGCCAUGAAUCGCGCCCCCAUAUCUGUGGGCAUGUCAACAUCUCCGCUCUGGUGUGAGGAAGUCAGACAGAGAGUUCUGGCUGAGAAACGCACUGAUCAUCAAAUACAUGAUCUGAAAGCAGAUCAGCUUGUGAGAGGGCAGCCCCUAGACCUUGGGGGGGAGGAAUCUGCAGUGCCUGUUAUAGUUAUACAGAGGCCAGGGCCCACAAAAUCCAACACAGGCUGUCAGCAACUCAGCGGAUUUGACCUCUUGUUGCCGAAGGGUUGGGCUAUGCCUUUCUGGCUUGCAUUGGUCUACAGGGGCGCAAGGUGUGGAGGUCUCAGUGAAAGGGAGAGCCAGGCCUUUGAAGGGAGGCAACUCCUGUUCCCUAACGCUUACCCGGAUACUGGAGCUGGGAAAGCAUGCAUGGUUGAGAAGGAAAAAGGGCUUGUGGAGAAAUAUAACCGGAUCCCACCGGCCAAGAGACCCAAUUACACCAAGCUGAAUGUGCCCUCUCCAUUCAGGUGUCCCUGGGAAUUGCUGCUCAGGGACUGGUGUGAAAGGUCUAAUAAAAUUGUUGAAGUUAACAUGGGAAAUGAUAUGGGAAAGAAUAAUGGAGAUAAUACCAAGCACAGGUGUGAAAUGUCCGAUAAAAAUGUUGAAGAUAAGCUGGCAAAUGAUAUGGGAAAGAAUGAUGUAGAUAACAGCAAUAGGGAUGUUUCAGCAAAGAUUUUUGUUUUAAGGUCCUUGAAAACUCUUUGCCAGUUGCAAGCUUUAAGUGAUCCAGAGCAUGGUGUUUUGAAAAGAAAUAAGAAAGGUGAAGUUGAUCUUGAUAAAAAUGCUUUGCUAGAGAAGACCUUAGUUGCAGAGCUUAAUCAGUCUUUGGUGCCAGUGGUGUUGAUGAUGAUCCAGAAGGGCUCACCGCAGGAGUUUGGCCAUAUCUGCAUUCCUUCUCAGUUGGACAUAACUCAGUUAGAAAAAGACAGAGCUUAUGGAGGGCCAUUGGAACCUGCCUGUGAAGAUAGCAUGGAAAUGGAACGUUUGGAGAAGAAAAAGGAACUGAAAGCAAAAGGAAUCAAUGUGAAAGUUUCAGUUGAUAGGACAAUGAAGGUUUUAGGUGAGAAAGAUUCAGUUCUUGUGAACAACUGCAGUAGGGAUGUGAUUGGUUUUACCCAUGUGGGUGGGUACAGUUUAGGGUCGGGCAAUGGGGGAGCCAUGGGGUAUGUGUCAACCCUGGGUCUAAGGCAGCUACUGCUUAGGGGCCCUGUAGGGAGAUUGGGGACAGUGGUGUUGCUACGCUGCCCUACCUCGCUGCAGUACAGGUUUGCAAAGAUGAGCAUUCCGAAUUAAGAUUCACGUCUAGAAACUGUAUGCACCUCGUUACUUAUUGUCAUGCUACAAUAAAGCAUAAUUUUGUAAA